AUGGCUGGGAUUUCCUUUCAGCUUCAGAAAGGGAUGUCCUUUCUUACGCUGAGGCCGUGGAUGCGUCGAAACGCGGUCGACGAAGAUGAAAGGCUUUGGUACGUGGAAUGCAUCUCGGCCAGAUUUAUUCGGCCUGUUGAAGAGGCCGUGAGAGGGGCCCUGAAGAAUGCAGACUGGGACCCCCUUCUUUCCAAGGCUGGCAAGGUGAAGAAAGCCCCGGCCGUGCUUUCACGACCGAGUACGCCGGCCGCAGCCGUGCCCAGGGUGGCAGUCGCUUCUUCAGUUAGAGCAGCGGUCGUGACUUCAAUCGCGGCUCCAGCCUCCAGAACGCCGGCUGUGGUGGGGGCUCGAAAGACAUUGGCGCAUAGGACCCCCCGAGUCGCAAGAGAGGCCUCAAGCAUCGAGGCCGCAGUGGUUGAGGCCGCGCUGGCAGAGACUGUUGUGGUUGAGGGCGAGGAAGAGGUCGAGGAGGAGGCUGCUGCCGAGGCACCGGGUGUCGAGGAGGCGGCCGACCCCGAGGAGUUAGUCGCUGAGGAGGUGGCCACUGCCGAGGAUACCGAAACGCUGGGUGCCGAAGAAGUGCCAGCUACUGAGGAGCCUGCCGCGGAUAUGCCGGAUGAUGAACUUCCUGCCGUAGAACCUACGCGGGCCACCCUGGCGGAAGUUCCUUCGGCCGCCCCCGUUGCGUCUUCCGCACCCCAUCGUCCAAGAGGCAUCGUGUUUCGCUCGCCUCCCCGGUCGUCGCUGCCGUUAUCAGCGACCGUUAUUAGCAUGCCCCCAGCGCUGUUGCCUCAAGAGUCGGUUGUGGUGACCGCGCUUGUAGUGGUUGAGGCCGCAGUUACUGACGUGCCGAGCUCACCGCCUGUCUUUUCGGCGGUCCUGACCGAGCUUCCGGCUACAGCAACUCUAGGUGCGCCGUCGGCCGCCCAAGAGACCACCUCCUCCGAUGAUCUCGAGGAGUUAUACGCCAGCCUCCAUGAAGAGGGAGGUAGCUUGGCCUCGGCUUCUUUGGACGAGGAUUCCAGGGCUGUUGUUGAAAAUCUCCAGGAGUUCCUCUUCUUUGGGGUUCACCAAAUGACCACGGCCGAGGCAUUCAUGGAGUUCAGGUCUUGCCUGGAUACGGCCAUGGCGAUGGGCCUGCUGGAUUCGGCUCAGCUGGAUGAGCUCCAGGUACGCCUGGCCGAGGGCGAGGAGAUGAUUGGUCGAUACGCUGAGGCCAACUUGAGGAUGACCGAGGGGUGCUCGCUCGAGCAGGAGCUGUUAGCGAUCAAAGAACAAGUCCAACCUGCCAUGGCUCAUUUGAAGGAGAACGACCUCGUUGUCCAACAGGAGAAUGAAGAACUUGCGCAGGUCGAGGCUCAGAUUGCUGAGCUCCAGGCCCGUCAAGCCCUCAUCCUUCAGCGCUGA